GAGAGGGAUAGAGAACGGGAGAGAGAGAGGGAGAGGCUGGAGAAUGAGAGGAUGGAGAGAGAGAGGGAGAGGGAGAUGCAGGCGGCAGGUUUGGAUGUUUGUGGGAACAUUGUGGGCCGAGGAGCAAGUGAGAAGAACAGUGUUGGCAUGAACCACCACCAGCAUCGAGAGAUGGCCACUGCUAGAACUGACAAUGAGAACAAUCCAACAGGCCACAACCCUCCAAAUCACAAUCCACCCAAAAUUAUGCCAGUGUCAGGAAAACUGGAGCAGGCAAUGCAGAGCAACUCCGGCCUCGUUCGUCCCUCUGCCUUUAAGCCGGUGGUACCCAAGAGCUUCCACUCCAUGCAGAACCUGGUGGGCCAGGCAGGUGGCACUGGGAGUGAGGGAAAGGCCGAGGGCAGAGGUGAAGGGUUCAGUGAGGGCAGAGUAGGCAGAAGAGGCAGAGACGGAGGAGAGACAGGGGAGGUGCCAGAGGCCCUACUCCUGGACCAGGACAGCCCAGUUAGGAUCAGCAGGAGCGAGGGAGGGGGAAAUGGUAAUGAAGUGGUUCAGGGAGGGAUGUCAGAUUCAGGGAGAAACUCCCUAACCAGCCUGCCCACUUACACAGGCUCGGGGUCUGGUUGUGGGCCUCCAGCAGUCUUGGGGCCACUCAGUGCUUCAACGAGCCACAUCAACAGAUUGGGCAUGGCUGGGGCGGCUGCAGGGCUGGACAAGUUGGAAAAGCCUGGCUACCAGAAUGGGCUCAGCGCCUCAGACAGUGGACGGUCCUCCUCAGGAAAGAGCUCCUCAUCCUAUCAGAGACUGAGUCACCUGAGUGAUGCUCCAGCACCUCUGCGCCCCUCCCCCUCCUCUGAUGACAUCAUCCAGGAUCUGGAGGACCGCCUGUGGGAGAAAGAGCAAGAGGUGCAGCAUAUGCGCAGGAACCUGGACCAAAGUGAGGCAGCAAUCAUUCAGGUUUUUGAAGAGAAGCAGCGAGUUUGGGAGCGACAGAUGGAUGAGCUGAGACAGAAUUAUGCUUCACGCUUGCAGCAGGUUACCCGUCGAGCUCAGCGCUCCCAGACUGCCCUGCAGGCCCAGAUAACCCGUCUGUCCCAGGACAAAAGGAGGCUCCAGGAGGAGAUGGCAGCACUGUUGGCUCAGAGAGAGGAACUGGAAAGAAAGUGUCUCGAUUACAGGAAGGAGCAAGCUGACAUCCUGCCUCGUCUGGAGGAGACCAAGUGGGAGGUGUGUCAGAAAGCAGGCGAGAUUUCCCUGCUGAAGCAGCAGCUGAGGGAGAGUCAGGCUGAAGUAACUCAGCGAGCUGGUGAAAUGGUGGCCCUGAGAGGCCAGCUAAAGGAGCUCAAUGCCCAGUUGAGAGAGCGGGAGGAGGUCAUGCUGGGCCUAAAGGACUCCUACAGCAACAAGAGUUUGGAACUGGAGAAAUGUGAGGGAGAGCUGAGAAGGACAUUGUCUGAGGUGUCCAUCCUGAGAGAGAAACUGGGAGUAUUUGAGGCAGAAGUCUUAAGUUUAAAACGUGCACUGAAUGAAGUGAGCAGAGGGGCAGAAGUUGUGGUGAGUCCAAACUUAGCUGCAGCGGGGCUGUUACCACCAUGGGGAGCAGUGCACUGCCCACGAAACCCAACUGAGCCUUCAACCAACUCUCUUACUCCCACAUCUGACACCUUGCUGAGUCUCCAGAGUGAUGAAGCUAAAGCCCAAAGACAGGAAGCUCAGAGACAGGAGAGGCAGCAACGUGAAGAAGCUCAGUGGCGUGACGUACAGCAGCGGCAAGAUGCCCACAUGCAGCAAGACAUGCAUGUGCGUCAGGAUCCGCAGAUCCGACCAGAGGCUCAACUCCGCCAGGAAGCCCAAUUUCGUCAGGAGGCUCACCUCCGCCACGAGGCCCAGAUUCGUCAAGAAGCCCAACUACGGCAAGAAGCGCAGCUGCGUCAAGAGGCACAGCUCCGCCAUGAGGUCCAAAUGCGUCAAGAGGCCCAGCUACGUCAUGAUUCUCAACUCUGCCAGGACGUGCAACUGCGUCAGGAUGCCCAUCAGCCUCAGAGGGUCCAGGAGGGUCACUGGGAUGAAGCAGGGGAGCUACGUAGGCAGCUAGAACAGUUGCAGGCUGCAUUACGCCUGGAGAGACAGCAGCGAGAACGUCAGGCCCUUAACUUUGACCAGGAACGACACACCUGGCAGGAUGAGAAGGAGCGGGUUUUGAAAUAUCAAGCACAGCUGCAGCUCAGCUACGUGGAAACCCUGCAGAAGAACCAAGCUUUGGAGAAACGAAUGAGCCAGUUGGGAGCUAAACAAACCACAACCACCACCACUACCACUAUUACCACUAUCACCACCGCCUCCCCCACCACCUCCAACUCUCCGCCACCCCCUCCUUCUAUCUCUGGACCUCCUUCUCUCUCUGGCCCUCCUUCCCUCUCUGGCCCCAUCUCCCUCACUCUUUCCCCACCGUGUGAAGACCAGAAGGGUCCUCCGUCUCUCCACCAGCUCGCCCCUCCCUGGGCCGGCCCCUCACGCCUGGAGAGGAUAGAGUCAACAGAGAUAUAAAGACAGCUGAGAAGCUUCAUGAAGCAGAAUGCUCCAUUUCUCUACUCCCACGGUGGUGAAGUCUAAAAUCAAAUAAAUCAAGACUGCCAACCAUACUUUUCAAAGCAACUGUAGACACUAAACAGCAACAAAGGCUGACUGUAAACAUAGCAUUUACAAAACCAAACACAUCUGAACAGGAAGCUGAACUACAUUCAUCUUUGUCACAGAUUUUUAAACCUCCUAGGAAGCUUUUUUACCACAAGUUGCCCAAUACAUAAUCAGUAUUCAUAAAGCAUCUGCCACACAGAUGGAUUGCAGAAAAACAAAAUGUUAAAUGAUGAUGUUACAGCACUAAAACAUGUAUCAUUUAAUGUCCAUGUUAGAAAAGGACCGAGACAAUCAGGAUAUUGUCUGAAUAUAAUGUGGUAUUUAUUAAUUCUACGUCUGUGUCACUGGUUAUAUAAAAGUAGAAUUAGUGGUCAGAGUGUAUGUCAUUAACUUACAAUUUUUGGCCAGAGAGCGCCUUACACCAUUCUUCCUGAUAAGAAAAUAAGAGAACAAGUAAUGCUAGGAACAGACACACACACACA